AUGCUCACUGACAACUGGAAAGAACUUGCCGGUAAGGCACAAUCAACAUUUCAAAAGUCCUUGAAACAAGCUAUCGAACUUGCAGAUUUUGAUGAAGGCUUAGCUAAGAGAUACGGAGCUUUACCUUCUGCUAUUGGUGCAAAUGUGGAGGACUUUGGAUCACCAGCACAGUUUCCAUUGGAAGAGUACUUGAAAGCAUUACCUAAAAAAGUGUUAGAUAUUACCGAAAAGGACCCUGUUGAGUUAUUAAAGGAUUUAAAGAGUAGAAAAGUCACAUGCGUUGAAGUGUUGAAAGCUUAUACUGCUGCUUCCAUUGUUGCUUCCAAGUUGACGAACUGUGUCCAAGAAUUCUUACCCAUUGAAGCUCUUCAAUAUGCUCAAAAAUUGGACGCAGAUUACGAAACAAAAAAGCAUCUUCCUUUGUAUGGUUUACCAUUCUCAAUCAAAGAAAUGAUUCCAUUUGUUGGUAGAUCUGUGACCCAUGGUUCAUUGUGCUACCUUGAUAGAAUUGUUGAUUACAAUGCUGAUAUUGUUAACAUCUUGAUUGCAAACGGAGCUUAUCCUUUUGUUAGAACCACUAAUCCACAAUCAUUGAUGAUGCUUGAGUGUGUGUCGUUUUCACAUGGUCGUACUGUGAAUGCUUAUAAUGGUAUGCUCACCUCUGGUGGAUCUUCUGGAGGCGAGGGAGCCUUGAACGGGAUGAGAGCAAGUCCAUUUGGUUUGGGUAGUGAUAUUGGAGGUAGUAUCAGAUGUCCUGCUGCUUUCAACGGAAUCUAUGGAUUGAGAUCGACAUUGGGUAGGAUUCCCACAGCAGAUUACUUCUCAUGCAACAGAGGAUCUGAAUCAAUUCUCUCUGUGACUGGACCUUUGUCGAGGUCAUUGGACACAGUGAAUUUGGUGAUGAAAACUGUUAUCGAAGCAAAACCAUGGUUGAUUGACCCUACCUUGGUCCCAUUGGACUGGAAGAGACCCGAGAAUAAGAAAUUCCGUGUGGGUAUUUACGUCUCAGACCACAUUGUGAACCCAUCUCCACCAAUCAAUCGUGCAUUGUCUAUGGUUACUGAAAAGUUGAAAAGCUUGGGAAACUUUGAGGUUGUAACAUUUGAACCAUACAAGCCGGAAAAGGUUACAGAAAUAUUGGGAAAGUUGUACUUUGAAGAUGGAGCUAGAGAUUUCCGGGCUACUUUACAAACAGGAGAGCCACUUCUUGAGCAGACCAGAUGGGCAAUUGAGGGUGCAGAGGAUUUAGACAUGCAUGAUCAAUGGUAUUGGAAUUUGCAGAAGCAAGCUUACAGAAAAGAGUUUUUGAAACAUUGGUGUAGCUACACAGACAACGACGGCAAUGUGCUCGACGCCGUUAUUGCUCCUGUGUUCCCUAACGUUGCAGCCAAACACGAGACAACAAAGUAUUGGACAUACACAUCACAAUGGAAUUUAUUGGAUUAUCCAGUCUUGGCUUUCCCAGUUACAAAAGUUGAUGAGUCUUUGGAUCAGCCAUACAAGAAUUACAAACCACUCAACGAUUUGGACAAGUACUUCUACGAACAAUAUGACAGUCCAAGUUCAUUCAAGAACGCCCCAGCAAAUUUGUGUCUUGUUGGGUUGAGAUUUACUGAUGAAAAGUUGGUGGAAAUCGCUAACAUUUUGAGAAAUUGA